AUGGAGACACAACAACAACCUGCUCUUGUCCAGAUUGAUGACUGGCAUAUCCCAGAUUUCACACAUGAAGCGGAAGAAGAGCUUGCGACUGAAGGUCCGGCACAGAUAAUACUUGAUUCUCCCCCCUCCACCAUUCCCUUCGAUGAGGAUUCACCUCCGCGACAGUCUCCUAGUGAACGAUUGCCACCUAGUGAAGAGGUUGGCGAAGCAGCGGGAUCCCCUUCACCAGUCAUUGAAAUAAGUGACGAUGAGGAGGAUAAUCAUGCUCGACCACGACGUCGAAAUACGGGUCAUCGCCCUGAUUAUACCUAUCGAGAUUAUCAAGACACAAUGGAACACGCGAUCUCUGCACCACCUCUACGCAAGCGGAAAAGAGAAGAUUCCGAUGCGGUAGAUUUUCGGUCUAAAAUCAAGCGAUUUUCAAAGGAAGUCACAGAAUCAUUCGAGGCUUUAGAAAAGGAGAACAAACAAUUGACUCGAGGAGAGACAUCAAUGGAAGAAGGACAAGAAACUGUUACAGCUUCAAGUCCAAUAUUUACAGCGACAACUCAAUGA